AUCUGAGUCUUUCUGAAGAGUGUUCCUCAAAUGUGUCAUUAUUUGGAGUGUUUUGGUAUAAACCAAAAUUCUUUCUCAUUUUGAGCCUAAUUUCAGAAAGAUUUGAACAAGUAUCAGGAAUUUUCCUGCCUACCAUGCUGAAUUUGGAGAAUGUGGUCAGAAUAUGCUUGAAUUUCGUACUGUGACUAAAAUGUUUCGUGUUAGCCUAUGUUUUGGUUCAAGACUCAAGACACUCCCCAGCAUGUAUUCUCUUCAAAGAUGUCAAAUUCUUUAUAUAUUCGCCUUUUAUAAAUACCCAAGUCUCUGGUUGUUAAACCACUGUUAGCCAUGUUCAUUACUUCACAAAACUGCUUGCGGUGGGUAGGAAUUAGCGGCAAUUCUUAGCCAUUUUAGUAUCAUUCCCUCUAACUUGUAUGACUUUUUUGGCCUUUUCAUCCCUCGCUGAAAUAGAUUAGUCUAUGGUGGUUAAUCCUGACAAGUUUCCACAGAAAUUGUGGUGAACCCGGUGUUUGGAUAGGGGGUUUCGUCUCUUUUGUUAUUGGGUUUUUCCAGAUAAUUUAGUUCAACGAAAGUCGCUUCCUUUAGCUUGCAGCUUAACAUGCAUACUUGGAUGCCUAAAAAAUGUCUUCAAGCUUCCAGAACCGUUAUGAACACCUGUGUGAAUGGACACAAACGUCCUUGUUCUCUUAUGAGCAUGUGUCUUCCAACUACUGCGUAGUUCUAGGAAAACAGUGAAGUUGCAGAUAUUACGUAUUCCUUUUUCUAGUCACUUUCAUAAUAUUUACCUGAAGAAUUCCCAAUGAAGUUGUGUUCGACUGCAGUGCUUCCUUUUCUUUUUUUCGUUGUUCUUCUUCCUUUGGCUAUAGCUGACCUGAACUCAGAUAAACAAGCCCUUCUCAACUUUGCUGCUGCUGUUCCUCAUCGUAGGAAUCUUAGUUGGAUCCCUGCUAACCCUGUAUGCACAACUUGGCUAGGCGUCACUUGCACCAAAGAUGGGAACCGUGUUCAAGCCCUUCGGCUUCCUGGAGUUGGACUUGUGGGAACCAUUCCCAACAACACCCUUGGUAAGCUAGAUGCCCUCAGGACUCUAAGCCUGCGAUCCAAUCUCCUCAGUGGUGAUCUUCCUUCUGACAUUACCUCUCUUCCUUCACUCCACUACAUUUAUCUCCAACAUAACAAUUUUUCUGGUGAAAUUCCAGCCUCCUUUUCCCCCCAACUCAAUGUUUUGGAUCUAUCAUUCAAUUCCUUCUCAGGUAAAAUUCCACAAACAAUACAGAAUUUGACUCAACUGACUGGAUUAAGCCUCCAAAACAACACACUUUCUGGACCCAUACCUGAUCUCAAACAACCUGGGCUCAAGCAUUUGAAUUUGAGCUUUAACAAUCUUAACGGAUCAAUCCCAUCAUCCCUUUCAAAGUUCUCCAAUUCAUCCUUUCUUGGAAACUCACUUUUAUGUGGGGCACCUCUGAAAGCUUGCUCUCUCAUUCUUCCUCCACCUCCUCCUUACUUUUCACCACCACCACCAUUAGGUCCUAAAAAAGAAAGCUCCAAGAAGAAACUGACCUUGGGUGCUAUAAUUGCAAUAGCAGCAGGAGGGUUUGUUUUGCUUUUUCUUUUAGCUUUAUUUAUUGUUCUCUGCUGUCUAAAGAAGAAGGAUGGUGGAGGUGCCAGCGUACUGAAAGGGAAGGCUUCCAGUGGUGGGAGGACUGAGAAGCCUAGAGAGGAGUUUGGGAGUGGAGUGCAAGAGCCCGAAAAGAACAAGCUGGUUUUCUUUGAAGGUAGUUCUUAUAACUUUGAUCUUGAGGAUUUGUUGAGGGCUUCAGCUGAAGUGCUGGGAAAAGGCAGUUAUGGUACGGCAUACAAGGCUGUCCUAGAAGAGGCAACAACAGUGGUUGUGAAAAGGUUGAAGGAAGUGGUUAUUGGGAAGAGGGAAUUCGAGCAGCAAAUGGAGAUCGUUGGAAGAGUUGGACAGCACCCAAAUGUUGUGCCACUCCGUGCUUAUUAUUACUCAAAGGAUGAGAAGCUUCUGGUGUAUGACUAUAUCACAGGUGGCAGUUUAUCUUCUCUCUUGCAUGGAAGCAGGGGAGGUGGAAGAACCCCUUUGGACUGGGUGUCAAGAGUAAAGAUUUCCCAUGGAGUUGCAAAGGGAAUUGCACACAUCCAUACUAUGGGUGGUCCAAAAUUCACCCAUGGAAACAUCAAGUCCUCAAAUGUCCUCCUUGGCCAAGACCUUGAUGGGUACAUCUCUGAUUUUGGUCUAACCCCUUUAAUGAAUGUCCCUGCCACUCCUUCUAGGGGUGCAGGCUAUCGUGCUCCAGAGGUGAUUGAAACCCGUAAGCACACUCAUAAAUCAGAUGUGUAUAGCUUUGGUGUCCUCCUCCUUGAGAUGCUGACAGGAAAAGCUCCACUUCAGUCACCGGGGCGCGAUGAUAUGGUUGAUCUGCCUAGAUGGGUCCAGUCUGUUGUAAGGGAGGAGUGGACAGCAGAGGUUUUUGAUGUUGAGCUGAUGAGGUACCAAAAUAUUGAAGAAGAAAUGGUGCAGAUGUUGCAAAUUGCUAUGACAUGCGUGGCCAAGGUUCCAGACAUGCGACCUAGCAUGGACGAAGUUGUUAGAAUGAUUGAAGAAGUCCGGCAAUCUGACUCAGAGAACCGGCCAUCCUCAGAAGAGAAUAAAUCCAAGGACUCAAAUGUGCAGACUCCAUAACCGUUAAAACCUGUUGCUGCUUCCAUCAAUCAGGUGAAAGUUCAUUUUCAUCUUAUAAGGGGAAAAGCAAGAUUGAACAUAUUAUAUGUUUGCAUGGCUCCUAAGGUUUGCCAAGCAUUGUUCAGAUUUACAUGCUUGAUUGUCUUCGUAGAGUGUGAAUCCGUCCAAUUGUGCGAUUUUAUUAUUAUUAUUUUUUAUUUCUUAGGGUUGUAGAUCCAUGAGAUUUUUACCUUUCAUUAGGUGGGGUUUUUUCUUUUAUUUUUUAUUUUUCAGGAAUAUUUGAUGUAAUCUGUAUUUAACAUCAUGAGUUAAUUGAUCAUCUUCAAUCAACGGCCUCUUUUGUGGGUCCGUUCUCUACC